GUCCCCACAUCAAACCCCUAUAUUUUAGAGAGAAAAUCUUUCUAUUUUUUCUAGAGAGAGAAAAUUAAACCAAAAAAAAUUAAAAUUAUAAAAACUGAUUUUUCUUCUUGCGUUCGUUAACUGAAAUGAAAUGAUCAUCAAAAAAAUUAUUCAACUGAAUUUCAAUUUCCUAAAUUCUUAUUGAAAAUUUUAUUUAUUUAUUUGAAUUUGCAAAUAAACAUGACAUAAUUAUAUUGAUUGUUUGUGAGAGUUGUAGAUGAUUAGGUAGAACCGUAGAAGUUGAUUAUCAGAUUAUUGAACGAAGAUCGUUUUUGCUUGAUUUUGAGAAUCUGUGCAUUUGGCUGUGGCUGUUUCUGGAAUGUAUAAUUGAAAUAUGGUGGUUUUGAAGAGGACAUUGGAUCACGGAGUUAUUAGCUACCAUUCUUCUACAAUACCGAGAGGACCUAGAUCCGCGAGAAAAUGGAAGUUUCCACAGAAAAUACAUAAAGGUCGCGGACUAAGUGCAUUUGAUUUGCUGGCUACGGUUGCUGGAAAGUUGCUAGAAGAAAGUGAAUGCUCUUCUGCUUCGAGUAGUGCGGCUGUGGGAUUUGAUCGGUGUGGAAUUGAUAAAGUUGUGAUUAAGAAUGAGCCUCGAGAUGUUGAUAAGGAAGGGGAUCAUGAUGAUCAGGGUAGCUCUGAAGGUAGUGUGUUUUUCUCUGGUCUUCAAAAGGAUGUUUGUAUAGGGAAGCUUGAGACGGUGAAUGAAGUGAACGUUGAGCUUGCUUCGCCUUUGGCUAGUUCUGGGUGUUCUGAGAAAGUUGAUUCUGAUAUGAAAUUGAUAACUGGAAAAAGCACCGAUUCAUUUGUAAAUCAUUCUUGUAAAUUAGAUGGAGGUUCCCCAAAACGUGGGGAGACUGAUGAUACUAACAUAAAAAAAAGGCUCCUUAGGCAACUAGACACAAACUUGGGUGAAUCUGGAGAUACCACUGUGGCUAACAAGUCUCCUGCGCCAACUAACACUGAGGAAGAUAUUGAGUUAACCCUCUGCAGGGGUUCUAAUCCUAAUACUUCCUUUCUGAAACAUGGGAACAAUGUAAAAGUAAACUUUAAAGACACCAACGAAAUAAUUUCUCAGUGCUCUCAACCUAACAACAUGACGAAGGCAUUUAGAUCGCCAACAAGUGUAAGAGAUUUUAAACUGUCGACAUCUAAAUACUGGAAGACAGCUCCUAAACUGAAGGAUUAUGAAGAGUCUGACACAGAUGGUAUAGCAAAGCACACCCAGCCUAGCCAGAGAACCUAUAAUGAAAUAGAAAAGUCUCAGCGUCCAUUAAAAAAACGAAUAUUGUUUCAUCCUAGCUCAGUGGUGACUUAUGAUGGAGGUAUCAGUAGUGAGAGUGUUACUAACUCACCUGAGAAAGGCAUAAUUGAUGAGAAGAAUGCCUUGGCUGCGAAACUACAUGAAGAAAAAGGGACACCCUCUUCAGGGUUUUGCGGCCAAAAAUCUUCUAAUUCAAGAAACUCUCAUGUGCGGCUUAACAUCAAGUCCUUCAAAAUCCCCGAGCUUUUUAUUGAGGUUCCAGAGAGUACAACUGUUGGUUCACUAAAGAGGACUGUUUUAGAGGCUGUGAAUGCCAUACUUGGUGAUGGAUUACGUGUUGGUGUACUUCUCCACGGAAAGAAGAUUCAAGAUGACACCAGAACCUUACUUCAGUCUGGUAUAUCUCAAAGUGAUGAUAUCAAUACAGUUGGAUUUAUGUUAGAACCAAACAGCCCAACCCAACCUUCUCCACCUGUAGGCCUUGCAGAACAUCCUACUUCACUUCCAUGUGGCCCACCCAAGUUUGCGAUUAGGUCUCAAGUUAACACUAUUGUCGAUACACCAAAUAAACCUUCUAUCACUGACUCAAACAGACCUACGGAAAGUAUCAAAAGCAUUGUUCCAUCUCGUACUACUGAACUGACUGACAAAACUGUUUUCAAUUUUAAGGCAAUAGUGCCUGUUCCAGAAGAUAGAAUUGAAGCUCUAGCUGUGGUGCCUGUGAGCCAUAGAUCCAAACGUGCUGAUAUUGGACAACGCCGUACUAGGCGACCAUUCUCUGUUUCUGAGGUAGAAGCACUUGUUCGAGCAGUAGAGAAACUCGGAACCGGAAGAUGGCGUGAUGUCAAAUUGUGCGCAUUUGAGAACGCUAAGCAUCGAACCUAUGUUGAUUUGAAGGAUAAAUGGAAAACGUUGGUUCACACGGCAAGAAUCUCACCCCAGCAAAGAAGAGGAGAGCCUGUUCCACAAGAACUUUUGGACAGAGUUUUAUCUGCUCAGUCUUACUGGUCUGAGCAUCAAGCCAAACAACAUGGAAAACAACAGCAUCAUCAUCCACAGGGUAUCAUACCUAAACUUACAAACUCCGUCGCCUAAAUUAUUAAUGGCGAAUUCAUUUUUUACUUUGUAGAUUUCUAACCUUUGUGUUGUAGAAAAAAAAAGCGAUACAUACAACUUACAAGGGGGACAAUAUUAUUGUAGAAUUUUACGAAACUUUCAUGUAGUAAUUUCCAUACCGAUUAUUUUUAGAGGUCGCUUGGAUUGAGAGUAAAUGUUUAAAGGGGUAAAUAAAAGUCAAACUAGAAAAACAAAGUUAAUUAGAUUAAUGAUUAAAGGAAUUUGAUUGUUAGAGAGGGGGAAGAAUUAAUUAGAAGGUAAUGAAAAAUGAAAAAAAUAACAACUAGUUUCCUUAUUUUUGGUAUAAAUUUACCCUAAAGAAGGAUAGGAGAAUUCUUUAUUUCCAAAUGAGGAAAAUCAAUUUUUUUUUAUUAUCUUUUUAAUUCACUUUCAUUUACCUUUAUAACAAUUAUUUCAAUAACUUUAUUUGCAUCUCUAAGUACCUUUGUUACAUUAAUUUGACUUUUUUAUCCCUUUAAUAUUUAUUCUCAAUUUAAGCGAGCUCUUAUGUACCAUUAUUCAUUGCCAAUGACCGUAUAUAGUUGGGAAUACGGCUUUGCUUUGACAUUGUUAUAUUCAUUGCCAAUGCCUCACAAUUAGUGUAGAAGCUUUGGCCCCUUUGUAAAUGAUUUGUAACAGAAUAAGAGGGUAUUUUCCAAAUUGGAAAACCCCUUUAUUUCAUUUUUUGUAAAGACUAUAUACUAUUAAUAGGGUAAUUAAAAAUUAAUGAAGUUGAAGAUUUCAAUAA